AUGACAAAUUUCCUAGUGCAAAUCCUCGGAGUCACGCUGUCCCUGGCCACCAGCAAGAUAGUUCUUCUCGUGGCUGUCGGUCUACUUUGCCUGAAACUCUACCUGGUUCACAGUAAGGGCGUCUGCAGGUCCACACAGACGCUAGAGGGCAAGACGGUCAUCGUAACGGGAGGCAACGCGGGGAUUGGGAAGGAAACGGCCAAAGAGCUGGCGCGGAGGAAAGCGCGGGUCAUCCUGGCCUGUCGGAACCUGGAAAAGGCCAACAAGACGAUGCAGGAGAUCUUCGAGGAGACUCAGCAGAAGGUAGUCAUCAAGCGCCUCGACCUGGCCUCCCUCAGGUCGGUCCGGGAGUUUGCCGACGACAUCCUCAAGACGGAGUCUAGGCUAGACGUCCUGGUCAACAAUGCCGGCCUCAUUAACGAUAGGAGCAAAGUGCAGCUCACUGAGGACGGCUACGAAGUGUGCUUCCAGACAAACUACCUCGGACAUUUUCUUCUCACCAUUCUGCUCUCUGAGCUGCUGAAAAAGAGUGCCCCGAGUCGUGUCAUCAACCUGUCGUCUAUUCUUCACCACAUCGGAAGCACGGCGAAUCUGCACGACAAAGCCACGGGCAACCACCCCUGGACCCAUCCGGUGCUUGUGUACAGCAACACCAAGAUGGCCAUGCUUGUCUUCAGCAGAGCCCUCGCCGCCAAGCUCAAGCCUCACGGUGUCACCGUCAACGCCGUUCACCCAGGCCCCGUGAAGACAAGCAUCGUUCAAGACACCUCGCACUCUGUAUCUCUCUUUUUCACCUUCAUCUUCAACUAUUUCGGAAAGACACCUCAAGAAGGAGCCCAGACGUCCAUCUACGCGGCUGUAGAGCCCUCGCUGGUCAAAGAGACCGGCAGGUACUUUGUAGACUGCCGAAAGGACUUGAUGGGCUGGAACGCCCUUGGACGCAAGAGGGCGCAGGAAGUCUUCGAGGCCUCUUUGAAACUGGUGCAGCUGGAUCCAGCCCAAGUGGAGAAGCAGUUACAGUCGCCCACGUCGUGA